GGUGCGUACUUCACAGUGGUAAUAUAUUUACAAACAUGAAUCAUGGCGACGAGAGCGCCGGAAAAUUUUCUGAAUUCUGACAGUUUGUCUUCAAAAAGUAAAUUAGUGGUUAAGACACCGUUAACACAAAGGCGAUACACACCAUAUACGAAGUCCAACCAGCGAGGACAAGGUGUUACUAAGACUCCUUUGCCAAGUAUACACCAAAGACGAAGCCACACAACACAAGGGCCAAAACACAAAAACAAGCAACAACGGUCAGUUGAACUCAGCAAGGAUACAUCCAGAGACAUUUCCACGAUAAUAGCAAACAAAUCAUGGCGAGUUUAUCGAGUUUCGCCUUUAUACUGCUUCAAAACGGAUGAGAAAUCUUUAAAGUUGUAUGAAAGACGUCUGAAUAGCUUUUUGGCAGUCGAGACCUCUGGGAUCACUUCUGUUCCAAGUUUAAACACUAGAAAAAAAUCGACUUUUAGCAUAUUCAAAGGGGAUACUGAAGGUGAUUACGGUGUUGAGAUUAAACUAAUAACAAAUGAAGGAAAUGAGAAUGCGUCUAAAGAAGAAUUAUGCGCAGUUUUAUGUUGUAUGGGAAGUGUUAAAACGGUUUUAAAGAGUAACUUGAGCUCAUUACCUGUAUGCUUGAUAAAAAGCUCCGUUUUACUCAAGGACUUAUUUCUUCAAUGGCUGGAGAACGAGUUUGGCUGCAGAGCUUGUCCAUUAUUGUUUUCUCCAACUGACUUGGCAUGGUUGGCCUCAUUAUGCAUUGGAAUUGGUGAACCUACCACAUCUAUCGAAUUUACAUACUCUGUUCCUGCAGUUGUACCAGACCUGGACACCAUUACUUUUAAAAUGGAUGCUAAAGAUGCAAGACGAAUUUGGAAUUUGGUUCACAACCCAAAGCAACCAUUUUUCACAAACGAUGAAGCAAUUCGGAUUUUAAAAUCCAUGGAAACUCAUUUUUAUCACCAUUUUAAAGUACAUUUAAACCAAAUGCAGCUUAAAACAGUUGGCACAUCAGUUGCUUAUAUUGGUCAUGAAGGACGGAUUAAGUUCUUUCAAGAGCCUUAUGUAUGCUAUAUUCUACAGCAGUUGAUAGAAUUAGCAAAUACCUAAUUUUUCUACUAUUUACAGAUUAGAUGUCAUUUGUAUAUAUUAACAAUGUAAUCAAUAAAGUUGCACAUAUAUUCUUGGUCAUAGCAGUUUCAUAUUUGA